GCUCCACCUCUCCCAUCUGCACUUCCAGCAACUCCUUUAGGAAAUCCUGAUGCAGGCAUCACACUGCCAAGUAUUGGUAAGAACAACCGUGCCCUUGUUCAUGUUCAAAGUUUUUCUUUCUCCUUUUAUUUUAGAAACUCAGUCAGCCCAUGAGUCUCUGAAGCCUCAGAGAGUACAUUUCCAGUCUCGAAAUUUCCACAAUGUUUUGCACUGGCAGCCUGGGAGGGCUUGCACCAGCAACAGCAGUAUCUACUUCGUGCAAUAUAAAACGUACGGACAGAGACAAUGGAAAAAUAAAGAGAACUGUUGGGGUAUUCUAGAAUUCUUUUGCGACCUUACCAAUGAAACAUCAGAUAUACAGGAACCUUACUAUGGGCGGGUGAGGACCACCUCAGCUGGGAUCCACUCGGGCUGGACCAUGACACGGCGCUUCACUCCCUGGUGGGAAACAAGAAUAGAUCCUCCAGUAAUGAAUAUGGCCCAAGUUAAUGGAUCUUUGUUGGUGAUUCUCCAUGCUCCGGAUUUACCAUAUAGAGACCAAAAAGGAAAAAAUGUAUCAAUAGAAGAUUAUUAUGAGCUAGUAUACCGAGUCUUUAUAAUUAAUAAUUCACUGGAAAAGGAGCAAAAGGUAUAUGAAGGAGCUGGCAGAGUUGUUGAAAUUGGAGCUCUGGCACCUGGCUCUUCUUACUGUGUGGUGGCUGAAAUUUAUCAACCCAUACUAGGCCGAAGAAGUCAGAGAAGUAAAGAAAGAUGUGUGGAACUUCCUUGAAGGGGUAUGGAGUGCUCCACAACAUGGAAAUCAAAAGCUCUCUGAAAGUGGGAUGGCUCAUUGUUGAAGCAUCUCACUAAAAGUUGUGUUUAUAUUUUCUUUUUUUUUUUUUAAUCAGGGGAAAGCGCGAACGCAGUCCCCCACUACCACAAAUUAUGCAGUCGAGUUUCCCACAUUUGGGGAAAUCGCAGGGGUCAGCACAUACGGAGUUUAUAUUUUCUUGAUGCGGUGUUCACUAUUACACUUUGGGGAGCGCUUUGCUUAUCCAUUCUUUCUUCCUUUACAUCUUACUAUAAACUGAUUUUACUAUAAAUUGAUAUACUAUAAACCACUCAAAACACUGGAAUUAGGGGCACCUGGGUGG